AUGCGUUUCAGCACCUCCGCAAUCGCCCUUUUGGCUGUCGGCCUCACCUCUGCGUCCCCAGUCUCUCCAACUGCCAACGAACCUCGUCAGCUCGGUUGCGUGGCCGCGUUACUUCCGCUCGUGCUGUCCUGCGGUUCUAGCCUUGGAACUUGCCCAAGCGCCCUUGUCGAUCAGAUUUGUGACUGCAAGUCUGUGCUGUUGGGGCAGCUCGGUCAGGGGCAGAUUGAUGCCUACCUCAAUGCUUUGGGGAACCUCUGCCCCUAG